CUUUGUUUUAAUCACUCUCUUUGUUGAGUUGUUCUUCUUUCUUAUUUUUAUUUUUUUUGGGUUUUUUGGAGUUUGUAAACUCUCUCUCUCUCUCUGGCAUUUCCAUUUGGGUGCAUGCAACUCUUUGCUCUCCAUUCACUCCCACUUUGCUUUUCAUUUUUCGUUCUAUUCUUUGCUUCAGUGGCCUUACUUACAAGUGUUGCUGAGUGAAAAGAACUGCUGCACUAACUUGAAACUUAAUUUGAUAAUGUAGUUUGGUAAGUGAAGGCUUGUUGGCACGACUACAAUUUUCCUCAUGACAAAGAUAAGUCCGGAAGUUGAAAUCAAGAUGCCAAUGGAGGCAUUUCCGCCAGUUUCAGCUGACGUGAGCUUUAUUUAUGAUAGUUUUCCAAAGUACAAACUAGGAGCUGAUAAUCAAAUUCUGGAAGAGCCAGUUGAGGAAAACCAAGGUCCUUCAUUGAAGGAUGUUAUUGAACAAGAAGCUUCCAAUUUGUCCGACCAACACAAACGGAUCUCAGUUCGAGACCUUGCCAGUAAAUUUGACAAGAACUUGGCUGCAGCUGCUAAAUUGUCUAAUGAGGCAAAACUGAGAGACGUUGCAUCUUUGGAGGGACAUGUUCUUUUGAAAAAACUCAGAGAUGCACUAGAAUCUUUAAGAGGUCGUUUUGCAGGAAGAAACAAAGAGGAUGUGGAGAAAGCUAUAUCUAUGGUGGAAGCUUUAGCAGUUAAGUUGACUCAAAAUGAAGGAGAAUUGAUCCAAGAGAAGUUUGAAGUGAAGAAGCUAGUAAACUUUCUCAAACAGGCUUCUGAAGAUGCUAAGAAGUUAGUUAAUCAAGAGAAGUCUUUUGCUUGUGCUGAAAUAGAAAGCGCAAGGUCAGUGGUGCUCAGAAUUGGAGAGGCUCUUGAAGAACAAGAAAAAGCAUCCCAAGCUUCAAAACCUCAGGAUGUGGAUGGACUAAUAGAAGAGGUUCAAGAGGCUAGAAGAAUCAAACUGUUACAUCAGCCAAGCAAGGUGAUGGCCAUGGAAUAUGAAUUACGUGCUCUUAGGGACCAAAUUCGAGAGAAAUCUAUAUUUUCAAUUAAGCUUCAGAAAGAGCUUACCAUGAGCAAGAGGGACGAGGAAAAUAAAUCUCGCCUAUACAUGUUAAAUGGUUCUGAAGCUUUGGGUUCAUAUCUUCAAGUCCAGCCUUGCUCAGAUGAAGUGCCACAUGUAUCUAAAUGUUCGAUUCAGUGGUAUCGCUUGUCAUCUGAAGGGAGCUGGAGGGAAGUUAUUUCAGGUGCCAUCAAAUCAAUAUAUGCUCCUGACCCCUCCGAUGCAGGGAGAAUCUUACAAGUAGAUAUUGUCUCCAAUGGGAAAAAACUUACACUUACAACUAAUCCCAUUCAACCUGUUUCAGGACUUGGAAGCCUUGUAGAGUCACUUCUACGAAAAUCUAAUGCUGAUUUUAAUGUAGUUAUUUCUCAAAUGAAUGGAAAAGAUCACUCAUCUCAUUCUACUCAUUCAUUUAAUGUGGGGAGGAUGAGGAUAAAGCUAUGCAGAGGUUGGAUUACAAAAGCUAGAGAGAUUUACUCCCCAUCAAUGCAGCUAUGUGGAGUUAGAAGUGAUGUCAGUAACGCAGCGAAGGCAUUGUUUUGGCAAGCUAGAAAAGGUCUCUCAUUUGUAUUAACCUUUGAAUCAGAGAGAGAAAGAAAUGUAGCCAUCAUGGUUGCCAGGAAAUAUGCUCUUGAUUGCAAUGUGGUGCUUGCUGGGCCAGAUGAUCUAGUGUAGAAGCAAAAUUAACUGACUGAGUUCUUCCUACAAACGUGAGGUUUAUCAUAUUCUUGGUGUGAGUAUACAUGUGUGGUUGUAUUGUUAAAGAAAGAUGUGAUUUCAUACUUGUGAUUGGGUUUCCACUAAUUGAGUUGCAUUGUUUUAGGCAUGUUUUUUUAUUUGCCUAAUCAUGUUGUUCCUAGCUCAACCUUUUAUAAUUAUUAGUUCAUUUGUUCAUUGUGGCUAAUUUGCAUGUGCUAGUUGUUUUGUAAUGUAAAGCACAUCCCAAACAUGGUAUAUACCAAAAUUUCUUAAUGAUCAUUGCCAAGUAAAUCUGCUA